AUGUCAUCUGCACUAUUGCCUAAGCCACAAAUGCGGCGCCUUUUGGCCAGGCGGAUGAAGCUUCAUCUAUUUGGGGCGUUUUUUGUAUCUGUGGGAUGUGCGGCUUUAUACAAGUUUGGAGUUGCUGAUCCCAGAAAACGCGCUUAUGCAGAGUUCUAUAAAAGCUAUGAUCCCAUGAAGGACUUUGAAGCCAUGAGAGCAGCUGGUGUGCUUGAGUCUGCACCACCCAAAUGAUGAUCCCCUUCAGUCUAAGGAAACUUGAUGACCGAACCUUAUUUGUUCACCGAAUUGUAAAGUGUAAUGCACUUCAGUGCAUGGCACGCUCUAGCGUAACUCAAUAAAUAAAAUACAUGUGUCAGUG